UGUCGACACUUGAGCCACUUCAGCGCUUUGAAGAAGAGAUGCCAAAAAUUUGACAUUUCGAUUUUACGAAACUUUUUUAAUUCAUAAGUUUACUCAAACUCAACACCAAAAAUCACCUUCAGUGGGUGCUACGCUACCACCAAACGCAUUUCUCGUACGCACCCGUGAAUUCCACUUUUGAGGUUAUGUGCAACGAUUUUCAAAUUUUUGGUGGACCGAAAUGUCGCUGCAAUACUCAGAGAAGCUGGUUCGUGUACAACCAUCGCCUCACCAUGUCCAUGAUUGUAAAAUUUGCCCGUAUUACACUUCAUCCUUGUUCCUCAUGGUAAACCACGUCAGACGCCAUACGUUACCAUUGGUACCCCGUAGCUGCGAAUCAAGCAACAUUGAAAACUAUUUGUGCACGGACUGCAAUUUCCAAACUGAGGUAACAAUCCUUUUCAAACAACACAUCAAAAAGUGCCAUGGUACCAGAAAAGAACACCACGAACUCCAAGAGGUGGAGUACACCCUCAGGAGUUACGUUUGUUCGAAAUGUGGCUUUGAAACCUACUUUAUAAUGAAAUGGUUACAACACACCACAACCUGUAUUGGAAACAAAAACAACAAAAAGAGUGUUACUAUAUGGUAUAAAUGUGUCAAGUCUGACUUCCAACAAUCUGUAAAAAUACACAAAAUCCUUCAACACCUAAACAAUACCACAGCCACUUGCAACAAAAACUUUAAAUGGUUUGAAUGUGAACAAUGUCCAUACAAAGCCAAAGAAAAAUAUAUUUUAAAUAGACACAUAAACGUCCACCAUUUGACUAAUCAAGACAUUAAAUGGUACCAGUGCCAAUAUUGUCCAUACAAAUCUAAACAUAACUGGGUUUUGCGGUGUCACGUGAAAGCGCACCAUUUAUCAGAAAACGAAAUUAAAUGGCAUGAAUGCCAAGACUGUCCCUACAAAGCUAAAAUGAAAGCACACUUAAAACGACACAUAAACGCAUACCAUUUAAACGACAGCGAUAUUAAAUGGCACCAAUGCAAAAAGUGUCCCUACAAAGCUAAAGAAAAAUCCAAUUUAAACAAACACGUAAAUCUUCACCAUUUGGAUAAACACAACGUUAAAUGGUACGAAUGCAGGCAUUGUCAAUACAAGUCUAAACACAACUUUGCUUUAAAAUGCCACGUGAAUACGCACCACUUAGACGAGCGGAACAUUAAAUGGUACGAAUGCCAAGACUGCUCAUUUAAAGCCAAACUAAAAACGUAUUUAACUCGACACGUAAACGCGUACCACAAGGAUAUUAAAUGGCACGAGUGCAAAAGGUGUUCAUUUAAAACUAAGCAAAAGUAUGUUUUGACAAAGCACAUUAAAAAAAUCCAUCUGGAAGAACCGGAUAUUAAAUGGUAUGAAUGUAAAAGCUGUCCAUUUAAGUCAGAACGGAACUAUGAUUUGAAGAGUCAUUUAAAAUCGCAGCAUUCGGAACAAUUAAAUGCCAAAAGGUACAUUUGUAAAAUGUGCUCAUAUUCCGCUAAGGAGAAUUCCAGUUUAAGGAGGCAUAUAAAUGUUCAUCAUUUGGAUGGAGGUGAUGUCAAGUGGUACGAAUGCAAGCUAUGUCCAUACAAAUCUAAACACAACUUUGCUUUAAAAUGUCACGUGAAUACGCAUCAUUUAAGUGGAGGGAAUAUUAAAUGGUAUGAAUGCCAAGAGUGUCCUUAUAAAGCUAAGGCGAAAACGAACUUGAAUAGGCACAUAAUUGCCCGACAUUUGGACGAAAAAGAUAUUAAGUGGUAUGAAUGCGAAAAGUGUGUGUAUAGAGCUAAAGAACGGUCGAAUUUAAAGAAGCACGUAAAAAUUCACCAUGUAGAUGAAGAUGUAAAGUAGAAAACAUUGUUUUUCUUGUUGUAAACAACGUUUUAGUUGAUUUUUCAAAUUUUGUAUUUCCAUAUACAUAUUUUUUUG